CAGUAUAAAUGAGCAAACAUUCAGCGGAUGUGGUAUUUUUUUAUUUUUCAUCAUGCAGCGAUUAUAUUUAUUAUUGACUUUUAUUUGCACGGUUUGCGUGGCAGCCGGCCUUCCCGUGGAGAAUGUUGGGGAAAAAAUAUAUCCCCGUUUUAUGGAGAUCCCUGGAGAUGAUGGUCUAAUGCACAAAGUAGAUCUAGAAGAGGAACCAGAUAUGGAGCUUCUGAAUGAGAUAGCGAGGAACCCAGCGAACAACCAAUAUUUGUUAUAUACAAGGCGCAAUCCACGACUUUCUCAAACAUUGAGGAUGAACAAUGCUGCGUCUAUAACUGGAUCGAACUUCAACGCUCGUGUUCCCACUGUGAUUGUGGCUCACGGAUGGCUUGGAAACGGAUACAACAACCUCAACCCGGUUGUCAGAGCUGCAUAUUUGGACAAGUCUGACGUCAAUGUUAUUAUUGUUGACUGGAGCAGACUGGCGCUAUCCACAUAUCCUACAGCGGUAAGAGGUGUUCCAGCCGUCGGUCGUGGUGUAGGAGAGUUCCUCGUCUUUCUUAACCGAGUGACAGGAGCACCCUUCAACACGAUGCAUCUUGUUGGCUUCAGUCUGGGAGCACAUCUCGUUGGAAACGCUGGACGAGCUAUGAGUGGCAGAGCUGCAAGAGUAACUGGCCUAGAUCCAGCUGGUCCCCUGUGGAACCUAAACAGCGAUCGAAUUCGCCCAACAGAUGGCGUGUAUGUAGAAGCAAUCCACACUGAUGGUGGCACAGGUGGUCUGGGUAUCGGAUCCAGCGUAGCUAACGCAGAUUUCUUCCCAAAUGGUGGAAACUCCCAGCCUGGUUGUUUAACUAGUUUGUGCAACCACAACCGUGCCUGGGAACUAUUUGCAUCAACGGUAACUCGGAACCAUUUAGUGGGGAACCAGUGCUCGAGUAUGAGUCAAGUGUCUUGGAAUACUUGCAGAGGCUCAACUCUUCACAUGGGCAAUGAUAUACUGACUAAAACAGGAUCUGGAAUUUACAGAGUCAACACGGGCAGAUCGUACCCCUACUGAAAAUAUAUUAAUAUUGUAACUAAAUGAUAAGUUUAAAUAAAAUUUUACUUUCGUA